AUGCGGUAUUUGGAUUAUUACUUCGCACUUUGGUCACAUGAAAGAGAAAAACUGGAGGAGUUUCUGAAGUUUGUAAAUCAAAUUGAUGGAAAAAUUCAAUUCACGAUGGAAGUAGAUGAAGGUAAGCGGUUACCGUUCCUGGACGUUGAAGUGAUUCGUUUUAAUGGAACGCUGAAAAAGAAAUUGUUCAGAAAGAAGUCCUAUGCUGGAGUAAUGCUCAAUUUCCGUUCCCAUCACAAUUACAGGCUAAAGAUUGGAAUAUUGAGUAGCAUGAUCAUCCGAAGCCUACGCCUAACGAAUGUAGAUUUCUGGGACGAGGAACUGGACAAAUUGACGAGGAUAUUCCUCGACAAUAGCUACCAAAUCGAAGUGAUAAAAAUGAAACAUACGGGCCAUGAAAAACCGAUGGCGGAACGUUGA